ACCUCUGUUUUACAUCAUUUUUCCGUAAUUCGUCGUUCGAGAAUGACUAAUUUUUGCCAGUGUUUAGAAAUAUUUUUAAUGCCGAGCUAAUUUCUCACAACCAAAAAAACCACAACAAAGUGCAUUUUUAAAACGUAAAUCGGCGAACGGAAGUGUGUGCGUGUGCCUGCGUGUUUGUAAAGCUGCAACAAAAUGAAGAAACAAAUUGCAAAAAUAAGAAUUGCUGCAGAAAACUUGAGAUCAACGAAAUCGGAUUGCAAAGAUUCUGAGCUCGAGACGAUUGAGAAACAGGUGGACCGAUAUCGUGAUACCAUCGAGAAAAUUGUCCGCAAAUUGCCAGCGUUGAGCAGCAGCGGAAGCAGCAACAAUGGCAUCAUCACCACCGAGGAACACGACAAGCGCAUCAAAAAGAACAGCCAUUUCAAGAUCGCCCAGGCGCUCGAUGAAUCCGCCAAGGAGCUGCCUAGGGAUAUGCCGCUUCAAAAGGUUCUUGCCAAUUGCGGCGAACUGGAGAAGACAAUCGCCGAGUGCAGCAUCGAGAGCGAACUGGAAACGGAGACCAAAGUUGUGCGGCGCUUAAAAAACAUCUUAGAUAAAGAAAUACAAGAGAUCUCAACGCUUAAGCGUAAUGUGUCGCGCACACUUCAGGAAUACACCUCACUAAAAAAGAGCUACGAGGCCUCUAAACGGAAUGAAGAACCAGCGUCAAAGUUGAACCACAUCAAGAGCCAGCAGGAGGAGUGUGAAGUGAAGCUGGAGAAGGAGCGGGAUGCGUGGGCGGCACAAAUGCUCGAGCUAAUAGCCAAAGAGGACGAAAUCGUCAACUGCAUUCGGGACUAUGUGCUCAACCAAAGAAACUAUCAUGAGCGAGCGCUGCAGCACGUGAAUGAAUCGCUGGCUCGCAUCCAGGACACCAUACAGAGCACAGAGAAGACGCGAUUUGGCACCUCGCUCAAGGAUCAUCUGACGUCGACGCAUCGCGACAUUUCAUACAUUGUAGAGCUCUGCUGCUGUUGUCUGCUGGAGCAUGGCCUCGAGGAGGAGGGUCUGCUCCGUGUAGGCUGUGCCAGCACCAAACUGCGGCGCAUGAAGCACGCACUUGAGGCGCAACACGUGAAGACCCCCUUGCCGUUGGAGUACCAGGAUCCGCAUGUCAUUGGUUCCAUAUUGAAGCUGUAUCUGCGCGAGUUGCCCGAACCGCUCCUCACGUACGCCCUGUACAAGGACUUCGUACGCAUCGCGGAGCUGCACACUGAGGCUGAACGCAAGACGGCAAUAAAAGCUGUAAUGGGCAAACUGCCCAAAGAGAAUUAUGCAAAUCUGCGCUACCUCACCCGCUUCUUGGCCCUGAUGCAACAGAGUGCCGUGCACAACAAGAUGAGCUCCCAAAACUUGGCCAUUGUAAUGUCACCCAACAUGCUUUGGCCGCGCAUCGACAAGAGCAGCAACGCACCGGCCGAUUACAUGGGCCAGGUGAAUAGCUCCUCGGCUGCCAACAUCAUUGUGGAGCUACUGAUUAGCCAGUGGGAUUACUUCUUCGAUGGUGAAGUCGAGUUCUAUCAGACGCUGCAGCGGCACAAACUCUUUGUCGAAGGCAAAGCCAAAUCGAAUUCCUCGAAUGAGAAUUUGAAUAAGCAUGAUAGUGAAGUCAUAGAGAGUCCGCGCUAUGGCACGCUGCGUCGCCAGAAGCCCAAUGCGCCCUCUCCGCCCACUAAACUGGAAGCCACCACCAAUGGCGGUGGAUCGAAUCAUUCGAUUUCGCAUCGCCCGCAUGCCAAGGAGCUGUUCCCGCAGCAACAGCCUACGCAACAGCCAGAGGAUAAACAUGACAAGCAUGAGAAGCAAGAAAAGCCGGCAAAACCGCCUCUACCGGCUUUGGUGCAAUUACAGCAGCCUGCCACAUACACGCAGCUGGAGGCGUUGUCGCCGCCACCAGUGACGCCCGCUAAGCCGGUGCCCAUGACGCGAACACAGUUCUUUGGUCUGGAUAACCUGCCCUCGCCGACAGCGGAUCGUAAGAGCAUCGACAGCAUUGGUAGCUUUCGAUUGAAGCCAGAUGUGCCGCAAAAGCCGCAACUGCCCAAGCGUCCCAUAGUGCUGGCCAUAACCAGCGGAGGUGGCCCUGGUUCUGGUUCUGGACCCAAGGGUGAGAGUAAAAGCGAUGAUGAGGCCACCAGACUACCGCAGGCGCACAUCGACAAUGGCAAUGGCAGUGUGCGCUACACAACCGAAAAGUUUCUAGAUAAGAUCCGGCAGGAACAUUGUGAUACAAAUGGCACCCGGGAAGAAGCGGCAAUGGCCACGGCAGGGAUAACAGCAACAGCAACCACCGCAACCACAACAGCAGCUGGGAGCAGGGAGGAGAAUCACAAUAACACUGAACAGCAGCCGCAACAGUGUUUGGUGAUAGCGGAACAGAUCACGCCCACAACGCCCAUAUCGCCGAAUUCGUUUCAAACGCCCAAAAGGCCAACGGUGCCAGCGCCGCCGCCGCCCACAAUACGCAAGCAGGCAGAUUAGUAGAUUAGUUUAGUGGGGGCGAAUCCUUAGUCCGGUGGCGCUUUCUUUAUAUAUAUAUACAUAUAUAGAUAUAUAUAUAUAUAUAUAUGUUACUUGUAAGACUUGAACGCACAGUAAUUUAUUUAUUGAAACGAAGCCUUUCAAUAAGUUGCAGCAUUAGUGCAACUUAAUUCUGUAUUCAGCAUUUGUAUUGUUUGCA